UCCCGGCCCGCCCCGACGCUGUCGGUGACGGAAGCACGCCGGGGGUGACCUCACCUUCCAACAUGGCGGCGGCGGUAGAUUAGGGCCGCGGGUCGAAGCAGCCACCGCCGCUGGGGGACCCUGUCGGAAACGACUGCCGCCGCCGCCGCCCCUUCCAUCUCUUCUGGGGCAAGGGGCCAGGGCCAGGUUUUACACAUCCAUAAGUAGACCUUUUUGGAGCUCUGCCAGCAAACUCAAUGGCGUCCUCUACUACUGUGCCUCUAGGAUUUCACUAUGAAACAAAGUAUGUUGUUCUCAGCUACUUGGGACUCCUCUCUCAGGAGAAGCUGCAAGAGCAACAUCUUUCCUCACCCCAAGCUUCACAAUCUCUGGAUCAAGAAGUUUUAUUAAAAAUUAAAACUGAAAUUGAAGAAGAGCUAGAAUCCCUGGACAAGGAAAUUUCUGAAGCCUUUACCAGCACAGGCUUUGACCGUCAUACUUCUCCCGUGUUCAGCCCUGCUAACCCAGAAAGCUCAGUGGAAGACUGCUUGGCUCAUCUUGGAGAAAAAGUAUCGCAGGAACUGAAAGAGCCUCUACAAAAGGCAUUGCAGAUGCUCCUCAGCCAGCCAGUGACAUAUCAGGCAUAUCGGGAAUGUACACUGGAGACCACAGUUCAUGCCAGCGGCUGGAAUAAGAUUUUGGUGCCUCUGAUAUUGCUACAACAAAUGCUUUUGGAGUUGACAAGACGUGGUCAAGAGCCUCUGAGUGCAUUGCUGCAGUUUGGUGUGACGUACCUGGAGGACUAUGCUGCAGAGUACAUCAUUCAACAAGGUGGCUGGAUUUGUAAAGAUGUGUUUCAUGUCCCAGAAUGGUCUAGUGCUUGCCCCAGAGUUUGCAAUAUACAUUUACAACUAGUCCAAGUUCACUUUCAGAUAACACUGUGCUGCUUCAUGAGUAAUGGCACUGUCUUUAACCUUGAAUCAGAGGAGGAGGAAUACCCUGGAAUCGCUGCAGAAGAUAGCAAUGACAUUUAUAUCCUGCCCAGUGACAACUCUGGACAAGUCAGUCCUCCAGAGUCUCCUACUGUGACCACUUCUUGGCAGUCAGAGAGCUUACCUGUUUCACUCUCAGCCAGUCAGAGUUGGCACACAGAAAGCCUACCAGUGUCCCUAGGUCCUGAGUCCUGGCAACAGAUUGCAAUGGAUCCUGAAGAAGUCAAAAGCUUAGAUAGCAAUGGGGCUGGAGAGAAGAGCGAGAACAAUUCUUCUAAUUCUGACAUUGUGCAUGUGGAAAAAGAAGAAAUACCUGAAGGUGUGGAAGAGGCUGCUGUGGCAUCUGUAGUCUUGCCAACCAAGGAGCUGCAGGAGGCAUUCCCUGAAGCACCUGCUCCCUUGCUUCCGCAUAUCACUGCUACUUCCGUGCUGGAGGUGAGGGAACCUGACACAGAAGCGAUUGCAAUUGAGAAAGUCAGCCCUGCUACAUCGUUGUUUGUGGAACUUGAUGAAGAAGAGAACUUGAUGAAGACAAAAGCAGCAGCAGUUGAAUCUGUUGAACUAGAAGAGGAAGUGAUCCCUGCACUGGAACCCACAGAAACACUGCUGAGUGAAAAGGAGAUGCAUGUAAAGAGAGAGGGUCUUCAAGAAGGGCCCUCCCCUGCUGCAGAAGAGAAGGCCUUCCCCCUGUCUGAGGGCAAGUCUAUACUGCUGUUUGGAGGGGCCGCCGCUGUUGCCAUCCUGGCAGUGGCAGUUGGGGUAGCACUGGCUCUGAGAAAGAAAUAGCAGAUCUUUCAGAAGAGAAAGAAGACAAAAAAUAUGUAAAGUCUUAGCUGUACUGACUGAAUUGGAUCCACCAACAACUGAUUGGACAUUUGUGGAACACUCUGGGAUAAUGGGGGACUUCUGCUCAACAAGGCAUAAAUCGAUCCACAUAGUAGGGCUUGAGGUAGAGGGCAUUCACGUUUGUCUGUUAAGUUCCAAGGGCCGUGGCUCAUGCUCAAUUCAGAAUCUCUUGAGUAAAGUACUCCCUCUAGAACAGGGUUUCUCAACCUUGCCAUCAAUGACAUCAUGAUUAAUCCUAUGUUGUAGGGGGCUGUCCUGUGCACUGUAGGAUGUUUAGCAACAUCUCUGGCCUCUACCCACUAAAUAUCAGUAGCACCGUUCCCCCAGUUGUGACAACCAAAAAUGUCUCCCAACAUUGCCAAAUGUCCCCUGGGGGCAAAAUUGUUCCCGUUGAGAGCCACAGCUUUAGAGGGAGAGGGUUAAUUUAAGAGAAUCUGCGAUAGAAAUUCCUAGGCCAACAGGGCUUAGCUGUGGGCUCCUCAGCUAUUGAUUUGUUCCUGCCCUUGGAAGUUCAUCUUUCCUGACCAACAUGCUGUGUUUUGCAGCCAUUCCUUUGUGGAUCUUCUUUUUUCCCCCACCUUCUUAGUCCUGUAGCGUGAGGGUGCUCUCCCCUUAUGUCUCUGCUGCCUCUCAGGUACUGCACCGUUCCUCUUCACCCCCACGUUCUUUGUUAAAAUCCCACGGGAGAGCACUUGCUCUGUGCCCACUAAGUCCCUGAUGCUUCCUACAGCUCCACCUUGUAAAGAUGUUACCUUUAGUAAUCUUUAAAAAAAAUAAAUAUAACAGAGACCUAGGGCUCCCUGCCUGUGAAUGCAAAGGCAAGUAACUGGCUAAAGAGGGACAUUUGUCUCAUUUAGAAGCAGAAGGAUGACUUAGAUGGCCUGUCAAAGUCUCUUCUGGCCCUUUUGUGUAUGGCCACCCUAUGGAGCUUAUGGUUACUCGCUAGCAGCAUCUCUGUUGCUGGAUGGUCACUGUCUAGAACCUGCAUUAGUGUGUUUUCCCUUUAUCUGGCCUAGUCUUCUUACUGGUCAGCCAGCUUCUCUGUGGUCUUUUGCCAUGUGAUAAGGAUGUUAAUACUUGGGCUUACAGACCAACUGAAUCAUAACUCUUAUUAAAUACAGAAGGUCUCCUAAAUACCAUUGAAAUAAAAAGUAGUAAAAGAGAAGCUUGACUUUCUUGAGGCUACCCUCGAGAUUUUAGUUUGGCUUUCAGAGUUCAAGAAUUAGACUUCUUCCCUGAACUCUUUACAGUCCAAAUGCCAGAGUGAUAAACAAAAUGAUUCUAAUCAGUAUGUGCUAGUUGAGAAUCAGUGUAAUUUUCUUUCAUCUGGCUGAUCCCAUCCCUAAAGCAGGGGGGGGGUGGAACCAUGUCUUUUCAUGCCUGAGGAUCACAGUGUCACUAUGCAGGACACACAUGCUUGAUACAGGUCAUCUCAGAUUUAUCUUAGUAAAUGUAACAAAUUACUUUUUAGAUCCUGAAAUUUGUAAUAAAAUUACUUUACUAUCCUGAUCACCAAAA